UAAAGUGUUUAUAAUAUCUUUAUUAAUAUAGGGGAAUUCGAAUUUGACUCGCCAUACUGGGAUGAAAUAAGCGAAUCAGCUAAGACUUUUAUUCAAAACUUAAUGUGUGUAAACGUGGAUAAACGGUAUACCUGUAAACAAGCACUGGCACACCCUUGGAUAUCUGGUAACGCAGCGAGCAAUAAAAAUAUUCAUGGUACAGUGUCCGAGCAACUUAAAAAGAACUUCGCGAAAUCGCGUUGGAAACAAGCAUAUUAUGCAGCGACCGUUAUUCGCCAAAUGCAACGAAUGGCACUCAGCAGUAAUAGUGGAUGUAGUAGUAGUAAGAGUAAUAUACUACCAACGGGAAAUGUAGUAUGUAGCGGCAGCGUUGUGACGUCAGAAGAAGCUGAAAGACUUAUCAGCAGUAAUAGUGAGGAGGCAAUUCGCAGAAAAAAUGUGAACUCAAGUUCCAACAGCAGCAGCUCUCCACAUGAGCUCUCAACUGAUUACAAUGUAUCUAUUGCCAAUGAACGCAAAGAUAACCAACCAUUGGGAAGUAAUAAUUGUAAAUGUAGCUCUCCUGCUUGUGUAAAUGGCAGUGAAACACACUUGUAAGCCUUUCCAAAAUAAAGGGAGAUACAAUCACUUAUAACAGGUUUUAAGUCAUAUAAGGAUAACAAAUUCUAGAAAUAAAUUUUUUUUAGAACUUACUUUUGUAUAAGUCUGUAUUUAGUUGAAUGUGGUCAGAACACGCCCCGAAACUUCCAUGUAAUAACUUAAAUUGGAAACGAUAAAAUUUAUCAUAAAUAAUGCAUUAGUUAAUUAAAAUAUGAAAAUACAGUUAUUGACCUAAUAACUGCAAGUUUAAAUAAAGAGCUACAAAAAAUGUGAAAUUCUAUGCACAAUAAAA